CCAACAAUCAGUUUCUCAUCAACUGUCUCACAAGCAAGAGUGACGUGAUCUUCUCUGUGUAUAUUUACAUACCAGAAAAAAGAAACGCCAAAAUGCUCAAGCUUAUUUUGCUUUUUGUGGCAUUGUUGGCAAUGUUGCUAGUUCCAACAGAUGGGCAGCAAAAUUUGAUGCAUCUCUCAUAUCCGGACGGGUAUCAACCAAGACCACCAAUAACACCAUCCACAACAACGACAACGACGACAUUGGCGCCUGAUGUGACGACGAAGAAGACCGGAUUCUUCGGCAGAAUUGGAAAUUUCUUCUCUGGAGGAUCGAAAACUACUACAGAAGUCCCCACAUCAUCAACUACCACCCCGACAACACCUAGAAGUACAACAUCAACAACUCAGAGCAGCACAACGAGAAGUACCACAAGCGCAGCUCCAAGAAUAACCGAAAGAACAACGCAGAAAAAGGAAGAAUUUCCAGCUCUUCCCAGUAGAGCUUCCACCCCAAGUCAGCCAACUCCAUCGACUCCGCCGUCGGCUUGGAAGAACCCUCCAUCAACGGUUCCUUCAGUCCAAUUCCUGCCACGGCAAACUCCCCAACCGCCAGUCCCGAUCUUCACAACCAAAGUCACAUCAACAACACCAGUAGCUGAAGGAAGCAUUGAAUCUGAAGUUCUGUCCCUCUCAGAGACGCUCUUCACGAAGGACUCCAACAAUGCUGCCCGCUACGUUACUCCCAACUAUGCCAGCAAAACUGUCUCCUAUUCCACCCAGGAUGAUGCUCCAAAUCCCUUCCUCGCCAUAAACAAUGAAGCUUCUCUGAACGCUAUUCCAACAGUGUCAAAGAUGAAGUUGCUUUUUAACAACUAUGAGCUUGAUUCUAGUGUUAAUGAGCAUUCCACCGCGUUGGAGAAGAACGAAGAGAGUGACUUCUUGGACGCAGUUCUGGGUACGGCACCAAUGAGAGCGGCUAUGCUAUUUCUACAGCGAAAGGAUAAGGUCACGGCGGACCCAGCGUCACACAAAGAUCUCCUGAAAACCGUAUGGUUCAGCAUGUACUCUCGGGGGCAAGGAAGAAUUGGAAGUUCUGGCUUUGAGCAUGUUUUUCUGGCAGAACUCAAGAAUAACAGUGUCAUAGGCCUUCACAAUUGGAUUUUUAUGCAUGAGGUGGAGAAGUCUGGUCACCUGGACUACAAGGGAUACAUUAGGAAGCAAGAUCUUGGAUCAAGUGGCUCUAUUGCGAAAAUUCGCUUCAGUUAUGACAAUAUCAACAAGCCGGUGAAUAGCUUAUUCGUCGGCACAUCACCUGAACUGGAAAUGGCUCUCUACACUGUUUGCUUUGCCAUCUUCCCGGACACUGAUUGUCUCUUGUCCGGACAUGGGCAGAAAUUUAAGAUCAAGACAUAUACAUUCCGGUACAGAGGGAAAAGUGUUAUUGGAAGUGCUUACCCUGAGAUUAUCUAGUGCUUUUAGGAGGCUCCUAUAUAAAAGCCUUUAUCCAUCUGUGCUAAAUUGAAAAAAAUACUGAAGAAAAUAUGCAUUACAAAAUAUUGGACAUAACCUCAAGUGAAGAGAAAGAACAUUUCGAUAAAAUCAUUAAGACGAAUAAAGCAAUUUAAACCUA